GCUUGUAAAAAUCCCACUCGCUUUAGUUUGUUUAUGGAAGACAAAAUGAUUUACAUUGGUCUCUGGGGGCAGGAGAUAAUUCAGAGUGGAACCUGCCACCCAAUUGUUGUAUUAUUUAAAGUGUUUUUUAUUGAAUGUGUCUAUUGAAAAACUUGCAUAAGCUUCAAACAUAAUUGCUUUUAACAACCUUUGCGCGGAUAUUUAUCAAUGAUACGAUAAUGAGGAUAAUCUGAGCACAACAUUUUAUUAACCUAAAGAGACUCAGGAUUUCAUACUGUUCUCGUUUGGAGUUGCUAAUUAAAAGUAUCAGCUGAUUGUUGCUUUAAAAUCCUUCCAGGUUGCCACAAAAACAAAUAUAUUAAAGCAAAGAUUAAGCACACGAGGACGUAAGAUCAGUAGAUAUUCAAAAGAAACAAGCUUUAGCAACACUUGUUAGCAAUACCAUACCACUAACGUUGCCGCUAUCGAGUCAGCAUAACUCGCUUGCAUAAAAGAAAGUACAAAAUGCACCAGUUUCUCCAACAUGCAUCGACUGCUCGUCAGAAGAGAGUCAGGAUACUUGACUUUGUACUAACAGUUCAGUCAGUUGUCAACAUCAGUUAAUAGCAGGUAAAUGCCAUUUUGUCGACCCCCUUGUUUGAAAUUUUACACUAUUAUGCCUCGAAUCUCACGGUAAUCGGGACAGAAGGGCGGAGAAAAAAGUCGGUAGCCCCUGGAGGACCAACAAUAAUCGAGAGGAACAAGAAAACAAAGCUUGGAGCUUAUAUUGAAAGACCACAUUUUGAAAAAGACUGAAGCAAAGUUUCGUUGUUGAUGAAGACGAGGAGAAAGUUACAGACAACUUCAGUAGUGAAAUGGAUGAACUUCGCAAAGCGAUACCGAGGUGAAAAGAUCCAGUUUAGGACGAAGAUUAUCUCUAAUCCUUUAGUGAAACUCGAAGCUCGUAAUAAAAAAAAUAUCAGUACUCUUGGUCAUGCCGGGGCUUCACUGUGCCAUUGUCGAUGAGCGGUUGCAGCAAAUAAGGGCAUUCCUCGCCGUAGGGAUGCGUGUCAACAUAAAAGAUGAAGAAGGGCGAACCCCACUCAUGGUAGCUUGCUUUAUGAAGAAUCUGAAACGGCGUGACAUUGUAUGCCAGCAAUUGCUUGAACACGGUGCAGAUGUCGAUGUUGUUGAUAAGUUCAGAAGGACCGUGCUAAUGUACGCAUGCGCCACCAGAAACGACUUCUUAUUGGACAGAUUACUAGAGUACACUGAUUCCGACCUAAAUCAAACGGACAAGGAUGGGAACACAUGUCUAAUGUAUGCAGCUAUUGAGGGUGAUGUAUACGUAUUGCAGAAAAUACUACAGCCUAUUACAGGUUAUGGGCUUUCCUUGGAUGUAGUGAAUAAGCGCGGGUUUACAGCGUAUCUUCUCGCGUUAAAAAACGGUAACGUAGAAUGCGCAAGGCUUCUUCAAGAGAACGGUGCAUCUGCGAGGAUAUUCGACAUGCAGAACUACUGGAACGGCGAGCAGUGGCUUGAGUCACAUUAUAGCAAACGAUUUUGUCGUGAAACUUUAGGAGCUACAGAAACAAGCUCCAAAAAGUCCUUGCUGCGACGGCCUAAAUCGAUGCCACCUCUUGUUGACCAACAAAAACGUGGGAGAUCAUCAAGCAAUUUUAUAAGAGGAGAUGCAGUGAAACAUAGACCGCAUACAGCAACAAUGAACUUCGAUGCUCUCUGCUUCAGAAAAGAUUCCAGCAACCGCCAUAUCCCACCUCCUUCAAAGAGAUUCUCAGAGCGGAGCUUGCUAAGUAGAAUUAGCAAAUCAACCAAAAGAGCUACUGGGAAGGAGAAUAUCGACGACAGCGCGUCCGAUUUCCAAGAUGACGUCAUUGGGGACUACGACACAAUAGUAAGGCCGCAAACAGGCUACUCAUUUCGUACAGAGACGCUUUCGAUGGCUGGCAGAUCUGAGUAUUUCGAAAGGGUAUCAACAUCGGGGAAAAUUAGGCCACAAAGUCGUGGUCAGAAAGAACAACUAAUUAAAAUAUUUGAACAGUACAGUAUAAACCAAGUUCCAAUUCCACCAGCAAUUCCGAAAAUCAAUUCCAUCGUUGAAAGAAAAAAGGUUGGUAGAGAUCAAACGCGACGGAUGUCAGUGAGCUCUGAUAGGCCUAGGCAACGUCGACUUAGCACAGUGCGAGCGAAAGUGAAGGACGUGAGAGCCGAAGUGAGGACAAUUACAGCGAUGAAGCCGUUGCAGCACGUUGUU